AUGAAUAAAACUACGAUUUGGUAUGCAGCUGUGCUGCUUGUGGUGUACUUCACAUUGGUGUUCUGUGAGGAAACGGCAGAAACAGAAAACGCGGAAACUCAAAUAAUGAACACGAACUCGGAUAUGGAAACGGAUGCGGAAACGUUACUUAACACUGGCCGAGAUCUGUUGGAAUUCGAGGGACGCACACGUCGCCAUGGCCAUCGCUUCUGGUUUCGUCAUCUGUGGCCCCUGGCCAUUGCCUAUUGGAUUAAGGUGAAAGUGGUUAUAGUCUCCUUCUUUCUGGGCAGCGCCAUUUACUUGGGCCUGCGCUACUUUUGGCCACAUGCCCGAUGCAAUCAAGAGAUAAUUCUGGAUCACCCUCCUUCAUCCUUUGGCCACGAUCACAUUCCCUACUCACUGGAUCAUCAUUCGGAGCACGAGCAUUAUGAUUCACCCAGCUCAUAUGACUCAAGUCCCUCGUUUGAUCCCUACUCCGGUUACUCGAGUUAUUCUGGCUACUCAGGCAGCUCGGAUAUUAUGUCCGACAUUCACGGCGAACCUACCGGAACCACUGGACCCACCGGCCCCUCAGAUACGCGUCGUCGCGGCAGACGCAGCAUUGAUAUUCUUGAUGUCGAGGAUAAUGCUGCUGUUGAGCAGGAAGAGCCAGUGGAGAUUAUUGAUGAAGAGAUUUCCGAGAGCGUAGCACGCCAGCAGCCCGCCGAAGAGCAAAUCGCCGAAUUUAUGUUUGCCUUUUUGGGCCUGGACUCUAAGGCCUGCCGUCGCCGUUUUGUCUGUGAGAUGGAGUUCCGUUCCAAGCUGAACCCGCUAUCGAGCAUGGCAUUCCGCAUAGUGGGUCGCGGCUUCUUCGAGAAGUACACGAACGCGCGCAAUCCACAGACGAGAGCUACCAAUUUCCUUGAAUGUGCCGCCGCGAAUCCCGAGUGUGUUUUUGUUGAGAACACCGAUCCAGAGAUUAAGCCUGCCGAGGAAGUAGAAGCCACUGCGUCCACCGAGGCAACUGAGCAGGAGAACACGGUGGAAUCGCAGAAUGAAGUGAAUUUAGAAGCUGAGCGCCGCCAUGCUCAGCAGAGGAAGCGCCGCGGGGAUCGCAUGCUCAGCUCGAUUGCCGAGCACAUAUUGACGCAGUAGAAGAGCCCUAGGCGUGUAUUUAUUUAUUUAUUUAAUUAUUUAUUUUAGCUAUAAGAGUGAUGAAUGAAACUAAACAUGCACAAAAUAA